GCCGGAGAAAAAAGCGAAGCCAUGUUAGGAGCUCGAAGCUCGUCAUCAUGUCGCAUUUCUUGGACGUCUUAGCCUCGCAGGCUGUUACCUUCUCCCAACUUAACCAACUCCUUGCUCAGCUCAUCGUGAACUCCCUCCACAGACAUAACUACUGGACGGCGCGUGUCGUUUUCUGUUGUACGCGCCUCCACGCCCCACCUUCUUUUCCACGCCUUGUUUUCCACUCGGCGGAAUGUCCCAAUGUCUUUGUCUUCACUUCCAUGUUCCGAUACUUUUGUCAUAUGGGUUUCACAUCCGAAGUUCUUCGUCUCUAUGGACAAAUGUGGCGUUGUGGGGUAAAGCCCGAUGCUUUCGUUUUCCCUUUGGUGAUCAAGUCGGCGGGAAAAUCCGGGAUCGUGUUCCAGACUCACGUGGAGAAACUGGGUUUUGGUGGAGACCCUUAUGUACGUAAUGUGAUAAUGGAUAUGUACGCGAAGUACGAAUCUAUUGAGAUUGCGCGGAAAGUGUUCGAUGGAAUUACUGUGAGAAUGGUUGCGGACUGGAAUUCGAUGAUUUCCGGGUAUUGGAAAUGGGGGAACAAGGAUGAAGCUUGUAAAUUAUUCAAUUUAAUGCCUGAGAAUGAAAGGAACGUGGUUUCUUGGACGGCAAUGGUUACGGGUUUUUCUAAAGUGAAGGAUUUGAACCAUGCUAGGAGAUAUUUUGACAGAAUGCCUGAGAAGAGCGUUGUUUCGUGGAAUGCUAUGCUUGCUGGUUAUGCCCAGAAUGGUUUUGCGGAGGAAACUCUGAGAUUGUUUAAAGAAAUGGUGGGAGCUGGGGUUAGGCCAGAUGAGACCACAUGGGUCACCAUUGUUUCCGCCUGUUCUUCGUGUGCUGACCCUUGUCUUGCUCAGUCUCUCGUCAAAAUGAUUGAUGAGAAGCGUAUCCAUCUGAAUUGCUUCGUGAAGACAGCAUUGGUUGAUAUGCACGCAAAGUGUGGAAAUAUUAAGGCUGCUAGGAAAAUUUUUGAUGAGUUAGGAACACAGAGGAAUCUUGUCACAUGGAAUGCUAUGAUUUCGGGAUAUACCAGAGUUGGUGAUCUGGGUACGGCCAGAGAGCUCUUUGAUAAAAUGCCCAAGAGAAAUGUUGUGUCUUGGAACUCAAUGAUAGCUGGGUUUGCUCAAAACGGGCAGUCUGCAUUAGCAGUCGAGCUGUUCAAAGAGAUGAUUGAUUCUGGAGGUACGGAACCGGACGAAAUAACAAUGGUUAGUGCUCUCUCAGCUUGUGGGCAUCUCGGUGCUCUAGAAUUGGGUGAUUGGGUUGUUAAGUACAUUGCUAAGAACCGAAUCAAGCUGAGUAUUUCGGGAUACAAUUCUCUGGUCUUCAUGUACGCAAGGUGUGGAAACAUGAAGGAAGCAAAGAGGGUUUUCCAUGAAAUGAAGGAAAGGGAUGCCAUCUCCUACAAUACUCUAAUCUCAGGUUUCGCUGCUCAUGGAAAUGGAGUUGAAGCCCUAAGUUUGAUUUCCAAAAUGGAAGAAGAAGGCCUUGAGCCAGACCGUGUGACUUACAUUGGCGUCUUGACAGCAUGCAGCCAUGCAGGAUUAGUUGAAGAAGGCCAAAGAAUCUUCAAAAGAAUAAAAGAACCCUCCGUAGAUCACUAUGCCUGUGUCGUAGAUUUGAUGGGUCGGGUUGGUAAGCUGAAUGAAGCAAAGAGAUUGAUCGACGAAAUGCCCAUGCAGCCGCAUGCAGGAGUAUAUGGCGCUCUCUUGAAUGCUAGCCGGAUCCAUAGAAACGUCAAACUCGGCGAGUUUGCAGCUGAAAAGCUCUUUGAACUCGAGCCGAACAAUUCGGGGAACUUUGUUUUGCUAUCUAACAUAUACGCAUCUGCCUCAAGGUGGAAGGACGUAGAUUCCAGCAGAGAAAGAAUGAAGAAGCUGGGACUGAACAAGACAACGGGAUGGAGCUGGGUGGAACACAAGGGCAAAAUGGUUAAGUUCAUAAUAGGAGACUGUUCACAUGAACGUUCAGGCGAUAUCUACAAGCUUUUGGAAGAACUGAGAGAGAAAAUGAAGAGGUUGGGUUAUGUAGCAGACAAGAAUUGUGUCCUGAGAGAUGUCGAGGAAGAAGAAAAGGAAGAGAUGGUGGCUGUUCAUAGUGAGAAAUUGGCUGUUUGUUUUGCCCUUCUCGUGACUCGGCCCGGGUCAGUGAUCCGAGUGGUGAAGAAUCUGAGGGUUUGUAGGGAUUGCCAUUCGGCCAUGAAGUUGAUCUCGGAGCUGGAGAAGAGAGAGAUCAUCGUGAGGGACAACAACCGGUUUCACCAUUUCUCAGACGGAAUGUGUUCUUGCAGAGAUUAUUGGUGAUACUGAUACAAUCCAAAAGGGAAGAGAUGCAAGGCAAGUUAAACCUAAGAAUGAUCCCAAUGAAGAAACUAGUUGCCGACAUAAAGUGAUUUGAAGGCAAUAUCUUUUCAAACAGCACAGAAAUUAGUAGUACCAUCACCAUGACAUUUUAAGAAGAAAAAAAAAACAGCAAUGUAAGACUGUCUCAAUC